ACUUGUAGGACCCAGCAGCCCUCCCAUUCAUGGCUUCACCUGUUCGCAUUCACAUUUCUUGCCUCUUUUUUUUUUUUCCAGUCGGGAUUGUCUCCGAUCAGCCCCGACACCAUGUCCAAACUCCGCACGCUUCCAACCAUGCUGUGGUUCACCGGCUGCAGCCUGCUGCUCCUCUCUGCGCCCUUCGCCGGCGCCUCCCUGUCCGAGAUGGUGUUCCGCUGCCCGGGCUGCACCGCGGAGCGCCAGGCGCUCUGCCCGCAGCUCGCCGAGCCGUGCGCGGAGAUGGUGCGGGAGCCGGGGUGCGGGUGCUGCCCUGUGUGCGCCCGGCAGGAGGGCGAGGCGUGCGGCGUCUACACCCCGAGGUGCUCCACCGGUCUGCGGUGCUACCCGACGCCCGACUCGGAGCUUCCCCUGGAGCAACUGGUGCAAGGCCAGGGCCAGUGUCGGCGCAAAGUGGACACGGAGACGGUCACUUACAGCCCGGAGCAGCGGGAGCACAGCAGCGGUGAGGCGUUGGAGCUGCAGGCCGAUCUGGACGCGAGCGAGAUCCCGACCGUCCGAAAGCCCAGCAAAGACGCCGCCUGGCUGGGACCCAAAGAGAGCGCCGUACGCCAGCACAGGCAGGAGAUGAAGACGAAAAUGAAGACCAACAAGGUGGAAGAGGUGAGACCUACUCGUCCGAAACAGACUCAGUGUCAGCAGGAGCUCGACCAGGUCCUGGAGAGGAUAUCCAAGAUGCCCUUCAGAGAUAACCGAGGUCCUCUGGAGGACCUCUAUGCACUGCACAUCCCCAACUGUGACAAGAGGGGGCAGUAUAACCCAAAACAGUGCAAGAUGUCGCUCCACGGUCAGCGGGGAGAGUGCUGGUGCGUGGACCCCCACACCGGACAACGCAUCCUGUCAGCUCCGGCUGUGAGGGGUGACCCCAACUGCAGCCAGUACCUGAGCGAGCUGGAGCUGCCCGACGCCACCCAGAUUUAACGUGGCCAAGAGUUUAAAAAGAAACUAAACUGUAAAGUGCUUGGGAACAACCUGAGUAAGCUAUAAGCUAUAUGUGUGUGUGUGUCUGCAGUGUGUUUAUUGGCCGUUACAUCUUAAAUCUUAACUUCCUUAAAAAAUAAAAAAAGGUUUAGAUGAUAGUCAUCAACUUGUUGCUGCAGACUAUAGUAAGUUUGUCCCGUUCUUGUUGUGUUUUAGAGCCAGUGGUUGUGCUGUACUAUCUGUAACAAAUGCUCAGAGUGCUUUGUUAUCAGUGUUUUGUACUGUUUGGAAGAAUGGAGAAGCAUUCAGCGUGUGUCUUUCUGUUGCUCUCGCUUUGCAGACUAGGUUUUUGGGUAUGCCUCAUUUGUAUUGCACAGCGAGUAGUAAGGAUCUGGCGUGAUAGAGUGCUAAUGCAAAAAUAAAGUAGAAACCUGUUGAAUCUGUAAUUCUCUGCUGUUGAAGUUUGAAGAGUGGAAGAAAAUACUCACGUUUCUGGCGUGGAGUUUGUUUGAAAUUCUGCAACACCCAGAAAAAGUGAUCCCUUUUCUUUUUUUUUUUGGGGACUUUUUCAGUUGAAACUGGAUACUGCCCACAUGGAAAAUUACAUUUUUGUUGUCAAAACACUAAACAUCUGACUUAACAAUUUCCCACAGAAGGAGCAACCAGGCUUUUUUUUUUUUUUUUUAGUGAGUAAAAGAAGUUUAUUAAAUAGUGAUUUAACUUUUUAAAAAAAAAAAGGGAAAAAAAAUGAGUACAUCAAUUAUAGGUGUGUUAAAUACUCCAUCAGAAAAUUCACAUUAAUUAUUUAGUUUCUGUGGUAUUCAUAAAGUCACCGUUCUGCGUUUAAAUGAGCUUGAAUCAACUGCAAAAGAGAAAAGUUUGAUCAGGAAAAAAUGGGCUGAUGUGCCACUCUGUUCAGUUAUCUACACAGCCGAAACUAUAUUAAAACAUUGCAAUUUCAACAAUAAAAGAAAGAACUUGAAUAAAAGUGGACCCACAGAACACAAUCCUGUCCUUUGUCAUUACAUAUUUAGCAGCACUUGACUGGAAGAUGAUCAAAUUUGUCAGCAAAUCACAUCCACAAAUUAUUUUCUUUUUGGAAAUGUUGCUCAGGCCUCCCUCAUUCAACCACACAAUGGCUCCGCAUGCAAAUCUAGAUUCAAAGCAGUCUGGGGCAGAAGGCACUUCAUUUACGUAAAAACCCUGCGACCUUGCUCUCUGCGGGAUGAGGGACCCGGUUGAACCCUUGGAGCGAGUCGCCUGCGGAUUUGCAUGUGGGGUGGCAGUGCGGACCCUCCACAUGGAGAGACGGGGCCUUUUGCAUACAAUUUGUGUGCGAGCUCUAAUGGGAAAUGCACUCUGAGCGAGCAUGUUUUUUUUUUUUUUUUUUUUUUUCCUAACGUUGAGGAGUACACACAAACACACUCAUGGGGCAUGCAAACAUUCUGUACAUACAUUUAGAAACAGUGAAUGCAGCUCCGAGAACCUGAAAUAGGAAGAAUUCUAAGUUUAACAGUACAAUGAGCUUUUUUAUGACUGAGGUUUUGUCCGUUUUGCUUAUUUCCCCCCCCCAUACACACACACACACACACACA